GAAGGUGCACAAUUUCAGCGGGUCUUCAAUUCCAGUUACGAAUUUACGAUCUCUCUUCAGUUUUCACCCUUCCCAUUGUUCAAACAUAAACUGCUUUUGCGAUUUCCCGUUCUCCAUUUCAUAUAGAUAUAAGAAAAUCUGAUUGAUACGAUACCUAAUUUGAAGACCACGGUAAAAUUGAAGCUUAGCUGAUUUCUCGUUGUAAUCGGAAAAAUGUCGUGGUUCAGAUCGGCGGUGAUCAAAGCGGUGGAGGCUGGGAACAAGAAUAACCUCAACCGCUUCAAAACCUACGCCGAUACCGUCGUCCAACAGGCCGGCCUAGCUGUAGCCGAGGGCGCCAAAAUCUUCCAGGACCGCAUUGGCAAUAGGAACUUCAAAAGCUUUAAACAGACUGUGAAAAGGUUGGAAGAAGCUUCUGUCUCCUGUAGGGGACCAGAGAGAGUUCAUUUGAUGAGGAGAUGGCUGGCUGCACUUAAAGUCAUUAAAGAGAUUGAAGAAUUAUCUGGAACUCCAAUUGAAGAUAAUGAAAGAAGCAACGAGCAGCAGUAUCCUUCUGAAGGACCAACAGAGAGUUCAAGGAAACAAUCUAUGGUUCUGUAUUAUGACUCUGAUGUGGGUGGUGAACCAAUGAAUUUCCGUGAUGUAUUUCUGUAUAGUCAAGCUUUGGAAGGCGUCUCAAUAUGUAUGAUUCUUGAAGCCCCAAAUGAAGAAGAAAUUUCUCUUCUACUUGAAUUGUUUGGUCUUUGCCUUACUGGAGGGAAGGAAGUGCACAAUGCAAUAAUCAGCAGUAUACAAGAUCUGGCAAAAGUCUUUUUAGGCUAUGAAGAUGAAGUACUGGUAAAGCGAGAUGAACUUCUCCAAUUUGCUGAAGGAGCCAUCACCGGAUUGAAGAUUAAUGCAGAUCUUGGAAGAAUUGAUGCUGAGGUAUCCACACUGAAAAAGAGGCUUGAGAUUAGAGAAAAGAAGGAAUCUGUAAAUGAAGGUCACAAAACAAUCUCCCAAGAGACUGCCACCACAGUAGAGACUCUGAAGGAAACACUUGCUCAUAUUCGAGCCUGCUCCAGAUUAGAAGGGCUUUUACUGAAGAAGAUAGCUCUUAAAUAUGGGGAUUCCCCUGAAAUUCAUGCUCAAAAGGUUGACAAGUUGAAAAUUUUAUGUGAAUCACUUGCUAGCUCCAGCUCAAAAGCAGAGAGGAAGAUCUCAGACCAAAGAGCUCAAAGGGAGGACGCUUUAAGAUUCCGUGUUGCCAAGGCCAGUGAAGUCAGUGAAAUAGAGAAGGAAUUAUCAGUUGAGAUUUCUGCACUAGAGAAACAGAGAGAUGAACUUGAAGCUCAAUUGAAGCAGGUGAAAAUUUCCUUGGCUGCGGUUAACGGACGCCUUCGCAAUGCUAGAGAAGAGAGGGACCAGUUCUAUGAGGCUAAUGAUCAGAUUGUUGCUCAUUUGAGAACUAAGGAAGAUGAGCUGUCAAAAGUCAUAAGCUCAUGUAGAGUGGAAGGUAAUGUUCUUAGUACGUGGAUCAAUUUUAUGGAAGAUACUUGGGCACUUCAAUGCUCUUAUACAGAUGCUAAAAGAAAAGAGGCCAUUGAUGAACUGGAAGGACAUGAAGACUAUUUUGUGAACUUGGUCAUUCAACUCCUCUCUGCUUAUGAGAGAGACUUAAAACCUUCUAUUGAUCGCAUAGAGAAAUAUGUGGAGAACUUGAAGAGUUUAGGCACAGGUUCAGUUGCAGCUCUUGGUGUUGGUCAUGAUGAUUCCAGAGCAUUGAACCCUAGGAAUAACCUUGAGGAGGAAUACCUGGACUAUGAGACUAAGAUUAUAACCACCUUUAGUGUGGUGGAUAAUAUGAGGGAGCAGUACUAUGCUCAACAAGGGAAAAUCUCCAGGAAAGAUGAUUCCAAAGUCAAAGACCUAUUUGAUAAUAUUGAAAAGCUGAGAACUGUAUUCGAGUCAAUUGAGAGACCAAAUCUUGAAAUGGAAACUCCAGAUCAAGAGGCUGAGAUUUCAUCCAGUGAAAAUCCACACGAAAAUGUGUCACAUCCUACAAAGGAGGCUGGUGAGAUUCCGGAUGUCAGAGAAAAGGAGCACAGUAAAUCGCCAGCAACCAAUGUUCAGAAACAAGAACCAUCAACUCUCAAAUUAGAGCAUUGUCUCGAUGCAGAAGCAGAAUUGGCCCAAUUGGAGUCUGAAUUUGGCAAGGUCAAUCCGGAUUACUCUGCAGAAGAGAUUGGUGAUUGGGAGUUUGAUGAGUUGGAAAGAGAAUUGAGAUCUGGGGAUUCUGCGACCAACAAAUAGAAUGAAACACUUGCCCAACUGCUCAAUUGUUUAUUAGAUUCAAUAAACAAGUUGGCCAAAGAGAUUCUUGUAUUUUGGGAUGCAGUACAAUGUAUUCAUUUUCAUGUAAAUACUCAACUGUGAUGCAAACAUUCUAUUUCAUGUAACAAACACAAUCUUUUAGCUAGAGUGGAUCCAUUUAUAUAUAUUUUGUGAUUCAGCAUAAACUUAUUGAGCUUUCAUAGAUGGAAUUAAAGUUUUCUCUGGAUUGGCUGUUUGUCA